CAGAGGUCAGCCAAUCGCAGCCAACGAAACAAAUGACAACAAAAAGACCGCGAAAUUAAUGUGUCAGAGAACAUCGAAUUAGCUGGUCUAUUCUAUUUAACAACAUAAAACAUUCUGUCAAUAUGCUUAUUAAUUGAAGGGAUGUUCACAGUCAGUGGGGCAAACUAUGGAUAACAGUUAAAAUGUCGUUCCAGAGCCCGCGUCCUACCCCUCGAUUUUUCCCCGAAGUGCAAACGUUCUCGACCAAAAAGUCGCGUGGAACACCCAGGGAUUCUCUCCCACCGAAGCCGCCUGUCAAAAGUGCCCCACCAGUGAGCCGCAUAUUUCACCAUAGACCCGUUACACGGGCACAGAUAGUUUCCUUCAGGAGUUCAAACAGUAAUGGCUCCCUGCUCAGUCCAGGCUACAAUCAAUACAGCAGAGAGUCCUACUUCAGUCAGUGCUUCCUGAUCAUUUCUCAGCUUGGAGUUGGCUCAUUUGGAGAGGUAUUCAAAGUAAAGAGUAAGGAAGAUGGUAAACUGUAUGCUGUGAAGAAGUCCAGGGACCGUUUCCGUGGCGAAUCAGAUAGAAGAAGGAAGCUUGAGGAGGUUGCCAAGCAGGAGAAGCUGCCACAGCAUCCAAACUGUGUGAGGAUCUACAAGGCCUGGGAGGAGAGGCUUCACCUCUACCUGCUGGUAGAGCUCUGUAAAACUAGUUUGAGCAACUAUGCUGAGGCCCACCAUGACAUACCUGAGAGUGUUAUCUGGGAUUUCCUUGUAGACCUGCUCCAGGCAGUGAAGCAUCUGCAUGACAACAACCUGGUCCAUAUGGAUAUCAAACCAGACAACAUCUUCAUUUCCCAUGAUGGCAUCUGUAAGCUGGGAGAUUUCGGCUUGGUCAUAGAUCUUGCAAAGGUGACUUCUAGACUGGCUGGCAUUGAUGGAAAUGAUUUUUCUGAAGCCCAGGAAGGUGACCCCAAAUACCUGGCCCCUGAACUCAUGGACGGCAGGUUCGGUAAACCUGCUGAUAUCUUCAGUCUGGGCAUGACCCUCCUGGAGUUGGCCAGUGACCUUGACCUGCCCCGGGGUGGGGACGGCUGGCACAUCCUCAGACGGGGACACCUGCCAGAUGAGUUCCUGAGAGAUAAGUCAUUUGACCUGAAGUAUGUGCUCAGUCAGAUGUUAGAUCCCGACCCCAGAUGUCGACCCACUGCAGACCAGUGCCUUGCCUUCCCGUAUGUGCGCAAGGUGUUAAAGCGGCGGCGGCGAGACUACAUGCUUAAGAGUGCAAUAGCCACUGUAAAGAUGAGUCUACACACAGUGUGGACAUGGUUGCUCACUUUACUCACCCUACUCACCCUGCCUGCACGCAAGCUGCGCACCAAAUGGAGGAGGAAAUCUUCCGUAGCCAGCUCAGCAGUGGGGUCAGACCUGUCCCAUCUGGAUGGCAGUAUUUCUGAUGAUGAGCUGUUUUGUACAGAUGUUAGCAUCAACAACAACUCCAUUGGGGCUCCUCUUGAAAGCUCAUCGUCAGAGAACAGUUUCCAUGACCAGUCUCCAUUUAAGAAGCCUGUGAGGACUGCGUUCACCACGCCGUCGCUGCGUAACAGGCACAUCAGUCAUCUCCCCGCUCCUAUGAGCUCCUCACCUGUGUCCCAUGCUGCCAGAAGUGUGUCUGUGCACACAGCCAGCCCUAUCCGGCACACGCAGGACGACACCCUGGACUCCAGCAGCCUCUCCUGGAGUGAUGAUGAGCGCCCGGUCACGCCGACCUGUGACCUGAUGGAGGACGUGCCCAGCAAGGUCAAGAUAGAACCCAAGAACCUCAUGGACAUGUUUGAUGGGGCCAGCGAUGAAGAGUUCUGAGUUUUCAGGAGGGAAAAUGCAAGGGAUUACUUGAUGUCAAGAUGGCUGAUGGUCAUUUGCUGAAGCAGCCCUUUUGGUCUUGUGUUAGGUCAUUUGAUGAUGGCUGAAAAAUGAUCAACCAUUUGAUAGAUUGUAGCUGUUAAACUUUGCAUUACACCACUGUGUUCAUAAUGUGAUCAGAUGUGUUCAUUUACUUAUUUAGAAGUGCCACUCAUGUUGUUAUGUAAGCUUGCAAGAGCACAAAGUGCUCUUUUUGAACUUUUAGGAUACUGUGAUGUCCAGUGUCCAUCAGUGUGUUUGUACAGGAGUCCAUUAACUUUUGAUUCAAACAUUUCCUCAUGAACUGAUACGGCAGAUUUUAGUGAAAUUUCACAUAAAUGAUCCUUGGCUGACCAUCUUUCAAAGUUGUCCCAACUUCAAAAAUCGUCUCCUCCAAAACCACAAGGGUCAGUGUUCAAUGUUUGGCUGAAAAAAUUGUACAGUGGUCUUUGUAUAAGUUUGUUCAAAUCAUGACUCUUGGGUGAAAAAUGGCAACAUCAUCAUGUCACACAAUUAACAUAGACAUAUAAAUAGGGGUGUAAUUUAUAUGCGAAUCUUUUUUUCCCAGGGGUCAUUACUGAAAUUGGUGUAAAUUGUUAAUAAAAUUGGGCUCAAAGGGGUGUGAUGGAUUCUGCUUUAUAUAUAUCAAUAUAUUUAUAAGCAGGUCCAAAAAAUAAUAUUUCAAAACUUCUCCAAAUAGAAAAACAAGUAGCAUUUUUGUAAAAUAAAAUUUCAAUGGGUGUUGUUUUCCAAUCAUCAAUCAAAAUAGGUCGUUGGAUGAAAAUUGAUAAGAGAUUUGUUUGCUGAUUUAUUGGCAGAAAUAACAUACUUAAAUAUGUAAUGAAAAAAUAAGAUAAUCGAAACAACUAAUGACUCACUAUUCUUAGUGAUUUGCAAAUCAGUGAAAAACUAAUUAAAUGGAGAUUGCUAGAAGCAAUUAUGUAUAUAAAUAAGAUUUUUUAUAUAAUUAUUUUUCUGAAUAGAGAAGGAAGUUCAACUGCCUGGUUAAGGCAAGUGUCUUCCCUGUGGAAAAAAUGUGAACUGCUGAUCUUGUUUGUUCUUCUUAAAUGCUUUGAGCUUUUAUGAGUUCAUAUGGACAUCAAUGUGGAGGGUCAUAUAGCUGUGAGCUUGAAAUUGCAACUUCAGAUAUCUUGUUUAAGUUGUGUUAAUUGAACACUUCAAUAGUGCAGACCAUCUUUAAAAAGUAAAAAAAAGAGCAAUAAACAAAGAUAACAAGCUAUUCCACUAGUAUGUCCCACUAGGUGUAAAUAUAAAUAUGUGUUGAUAGCUUUGUUGACCAUUAUGCACAUUUGGUUGUCAAAAUCAGUCAACC